AUGGAAAAUUACACUCAGACUCCAAGUGACUUCAUCUUACUGGGCCUGUUCCCCUCAUCAAGGGUUAACCUCGUCCUCUUCAUUCUCAUUGUCCCAUUCUUCCUAAUGGCCCUGGCUGGCAACCUGGCCAUGGUCCUGCUAAUCCUCCUGGAUGCCCACCUCCACAUUCCCAUGCACAUCCUGCUCAGUCAGCUCUCCCUCAUGGACCUUAUGUACAUCUGCACCACUGCCCCCAAGAUGACAUCUGACUUUCUAUCUGGAAUCAAGUCCAUCUCCUUCAUUGGAUGUGGGACCAAGGCUUUCUUCUUUGGGACUUUAGCUGGUUCAGAAGGACUCAUCCUGAUGUCCAUGGCCUAUGACAGUUAUGUGGCUAUAUGCUUUCCUCUACACUACCCCAUCGGCAUGAAAAGAAGAGUGUGUGUGCUGAUGAUCCUGGGAUCCUGGGUGAUGAGUGCGGUCAGUGCCUGUGCUCACACAGUAUACGCACUUCAUAUCUCUUACUGCAGGUCCAGGGCCAUCAAUUGUUUCUUCUGCAAUGUCUCAGUCAUGGUGACUCUGGCCUGUGAGGACACCAGCAUCUAUGAGUACACUGUGUUCUUCAGUACCGUUAUUUUUCUCCUGUUUUUUUUUCUCCUGAUUAUUGUGUUCUCCUAUGGGAAAGUUCUCCUUGCUGUCCACCACACAGGCUCUCAGGAAGGCAGGAAGAAGUCCUAUUCCACCUGCAGCACCCAUCUCAUCGUGGUGACUUUCUACAUUGUACCGUUUGCUUGCACUUAUUUCCGCCCAAAGUCCCUCUGCUCUCCAGCAGAGGACAAGGUCCUGGCUGGGUUCUACAUCAUCCUCACCCCGAUGCUGAACCCUGUGAUUGACAGACUGAGGAACAAGGAGGUGCUUGGAGCCCUAGAAAGAGUGACUCGGAGAAUCUGCUCUGCGAAAAUGUAG